AUGGCAAUGGAUAGCAUGCUUCUCACCGUCUUCUUCCUCCUCCUCUCCUCGACCUACGCGUCGUCGUCAUCUGCGUCCACCGAAACCGACGACGCGGGAGCGCUGCUGCGCUUCAAGGCGUCCGUCAACAAGGACCCUAGAGGCGUGCUCUCGUCUUGGCAGCAGCAGCAGCAAACGACGCCCGGCGGCGGUGGUGGCAAUGCGACGUGGUGCACGUGGUACGGGGUGACGUGCGACGGCGAGGGGCGGAUUGCGCGGCUCGACCUCGCCGGCUGCGGCCUCUCCGGGCGCGCGUUGUUCGCGGCGCUGGCACCCAUGGACGCGCUGCGCCACCUCAACCUCUCCGGGAACCCGGCGCUCCGUGCCGAUGCCGCCGCCGACCUUCCCAAGCUGCCCCGCGCGAUAUGGACGCUCGACUUCUCCGACGGCGGCCUCGCCGGCAGCUUCCCAGAUGACAUGCAGCUGGGGCACUACUACCCCAACCUGACGGACGUCCGCCUCGCGCGGAACAACCUCACCGGCGCGCUCCCCGGUAGGCUCCUGGUGCCGAGCAUCAUCCAAACAUUCGACGUUGCAGGGAACAACUUGUCUGGCGACGUCGCCGGCGUGUCGUUCCCCGAGACGCUUGUCCUGCUCGACCUCUCCGGCAACCAUUUCACCGGCGCGAUCGCGCCGUCGAUUUCCGGCUGCGCGGGUCUCCAGACACUCAACCUGUCGUACAACGCCCUCUCCGGCACGAUACCGGAGUCGAUAGGCGACAUCGCCGGCCUCGAGGUGCUCGACGUCUCGUCGAACCGCCUCACCGGCGCCAUCCCUCGCAGCCUCGGCGCGUGCUCGUCGCUGCGUAUGCUCGUGGCCUCGAGCAACAACAUCUCCGGCUCGAUCCCGGAGUCUCUGUCUUCUUGCCGCGCUCUCCGUCUGCUCGACGUCUCCAACAAUAACGUCUCCAGCGCUAUCCCGGCCGCCGUGCUCGGGAACCUCACCUCUCUGGAGACUCUGCUCCUCAGCAACAACUUCAUCUCGGGGCCGCUCCCGAGCACCGUAUCCGCCUGCAACAACCUCAGGAUCGCCGACCUCAGCAGCAACAAAAUAACCGGUGCGCUGCCGACUGAGCUAUGCACGCCCGGCGCGGCGCUGGAGGAGCUCCGAAUGCCGGACAACCUCCUCACCGGCUCGAUCCCUGCAGGCCUGGCCAACUGCUCGCGGUUGCGGGUGAUCGACUUCAGCAUUAACUACCUGACCGGCCCGAUCCCGCCGGAGCUCGGCCAGCUCCGGGCCCUGGAGAAGAUCAUGACGUGGCUCAACAGCCUGGAUGGCCGGAUUCCGGCGGAGCUUGGGCAAUGCCGGAGCCUUCGCACGCUCAUCCUCAACAACAACUUCAUCGGCGGCGACAUCCCCGUCGAGCUCUUCAACUGCACGGGCCUCGAGUGGAUCUCGCUCACGAGCAACAGGAUCAGCGGCACGAUCCGGCCGGAGUUCGGCCGGCUAUCCCGGCUCGCCGUGCUGCAGCUGGCCAACAACAGCCUCGUUGGCGCCAUCCCCAAGGAGCUCGGCAACUGCAGCAGCCUCAUGUGGCUUGACCUGAACAGCAACAGGCUCACCGGCGAGAUCCCUCGCCGCCUCGGAAAGCAGCUCGGGUCGACGCCGCUGAGCGGCAUCCUGUCCGGCAACACGCUGGCGUUCGUCCGCAACGCGGGGAACGCGUGCAAGGGCGUGGGCGGGCUGCUGGAGUUCGCCGGCAUCCGGCCUGAGCGGCUGCUGCAGGUGCCCACUCUCAGUAGCUGCGACUUCACGCGGCUCUACUCCGGCGCGACGGUGAGCGGAUGGACGCGGUAUCAGACGAUGGAGUACCUGGAUCUCUCCUACAACGCCCUCGUCGGCGCCAUCCCCGAGGAGUUCGGCGACAUGGUGGUGCUCCAGGUGCUCGACCUGGCGAGGAACAACCUCACCGGCGAGAUCCCGUCGUCGCUGGGCCGGCUCCACAAUCUUGGCGUGUUCGACGUGUCGCACAACCGGCUGCAGGGAGGUAUCCCAGAAUCAUUCUCCAACCUCUCCUUCCUGGUGCAGAUAGACGUCUCCGACAACGACCUCGCCGGGGAGAUACCGCAGCGUGGGCAGCUCAGCACUCUUCCGGCGAGCCAGUACGCAGACAACCCUGGCCUAUGCGGCAUGCCACUGGACCCGUGUAGCAACCGGCUGCCGAGGGCGAGCAUGUCCGGCCUCACCACCACCGCUGCACCUGACAGUAACAAUAAGUGGCCUCUGCCGAGGGCAGCGUGGGCCAACGGCGUGAUCCUGGCAGUGCUGGUCACCGCCGGGCUGGCGUGUGCGGUGUCGAUCUGGGCGGUGGUGGUGCGCGCGCGGCGGCGGGAGAUGCGGGAGGCUCGGAUGCUGAGCAGCCUGCAGGACGGAACGCGGACGGCGACGACGUGGAAGCUGGGCAAGGCGGAGAAGGAGGCGCUGAGCAUCAACGUGGCAACCUUCCAGCGGCAGCUCCGGAAGCUCACCUUCACGCAGCUGAUCGAAGCAACCAAUGGCUUCUCGGCCGCCAGCUUGAUCGGCUCCGGCGGGUUCGGCGAGGUGUUCAAGGCGACGCUCAAGGACGGCUCCACCGUUGCCAUCAAGAAGCUGAUCCCGCUGAGCCACCAGGGCGACCGCGAGUUCAUGGCAGAGAUGGAGACGCUGGGCAAGAUCAAGCACCGGAACCUCGUGCCCCUGCUCGGCUACUCCAAGGUCGGCGAGGAGCGGCUGCUCGUCUACGAGUACAUGACCAACGGCAGCCUCGAGGACAUGCUCCACCUCCACCACCCCGCCGGCGACGGCCCACUGGCGGCGCCGCUGUCGUGGGAGCAGAGGAAGAAGAUCGCGCGCGGGGCGGCGAAGGGCUUGUGCUUUCUGCACCACAACUGCAUCCCGCACAUCAUCCACCGUGACAUGAAGUCCAGCAACGUGCUCCUCGACGGCGACAUGGAGGCGCGCGUCGCCGACUUCGGCAUGGCCAGGCUCAUCAGCGCGCUCGACACGCACCUCAGCGUCAGCACCCUCGCCGGGACCCCCGGGUACGUGCCGCCCGAGUACUACCAGAGCUUCCGGUGCACCGCCAAGGGCGACGUCUACUCCCUCGGCGUCGUGCUGCUGGAGCUGCUCACCGGGCGGAGGCCCACCGACAAGGAGGACUUCGGCGACACCAACCUCGUCGGCUGGGUCAAGAUGAAGGUCAGGGAAGGCGCCGGGAAGGAGGUCAUCGACCCAGAGCUGCUCAAGCCUGCCACCGGCGACGACGAGGCGGAGAUGAUGAGGUUCAUGGAGAUGACCCUGCAGUGCGUGGAUGACUUCCCGUCGAAGCGCCCCAACAUGUUGCAGGUGGUGGCCGUGCUCAGGGAGCUCCACCCGCUGCUGCCAUUACCAGCGACAGGUGCAUGCGAUGGCCAUGACGCGUAGCAACGAGAUGGACGGAUGGUACCGUGUU